AUGUGGAUUCGGGAGCAUCUUUACUUCAAUGGUUUCAGUAAAAAUUAUUUGAAUUGGAUUUGGCAUGGUGAGGUUGCGGAGAAGGAUAGAUUAAAUUCGAGUGUCAACCAAGAGCCAACUGAUAAUUGUCAUGAUGAUUUUAAAACUGUUAAUUUGUGUGAGGCAGCGUAUGAUAACCAUACAAAAAAUCCAGAAGCAUUUAUGAAGUUUUGGGAGGAAGCAGAGAAGCCACUGUAUAAGGGAUGCAAACGUUACACAAAGUUGAGUGCACUUGUAAAACUAUACAAUACCAAAGCAAGGCAUGGGAUGAGUGAUGCUCUAUUUUCAGAUCUACUAGCAUAUUUUGGGGGCAUGCUGCCAGAUAACCACAAUCUGCCAUCGUCAAUUUAUGAAGCAAAGAAGACGUUGAGUUGUUUGGCUUUGAGUCAUGAAAAGAUUCAUGCUUGUUCCAAUGAUUGCAUCCUUUAUAGGAAACAAUAUAAAGACUGCGUAAGCUGCCCGAAAUGUGGCUUAUCAAGAUGGAAGCUAACCAAGAAAAAUGUUGAGAAGAAAGGUGUUCCUGCCAAAGUGGUUUGGUAUUUCCCUCCCAUACCAAGAUUUAAGUGCAUGUUUAAAUCUUUAGAAACUUCCAGAAAUUUAACAUGGCAUGCAGAUAGCACAAGAGUUGUUGGUCAGUUACGCCAUCCAGUUGAUUCACCGUCAUGGAAAUUGGUGGACCAUAUGUGGCCCGACUUUGGAAGUGAGGCAAGAAAUAUUCGCCUGGCACUUGCAGCCGAUGGAAUUAAUCCUCACAGCAAUCUUAGUAGUCGCUACAGUUGCUGGCCAAUCAUGCUGACCACAUAUAAUUUGCCUCCAGACAUGUGCAUGAAAAGGAAAUUCAUCAUGCUAACGAUGCUCAUUUCAGGGCCGAAACAGCCUGGAAACGAUAUCGACGUCUACCUUGAGGUUCUGGUUGAUGUUUGCAGCUCUUGUGGGAAGGAGUUGAUGGAGUUUAUGAUGCUUAUCGAAGGGAGUGGAUGUACUACACAUGGUUAUUACGCAUGCCCAAUAUGUGGUGAGGAUACUUAUGCAAAGCACUUACCAAAUGGGAAGAAAAUGUCAUUUGCUGGGCAUAGGCGAUUCCUACCACGAUUUCAUCCAUAUCGGAGGCAAAUAAAGGAGUUUAAUGGCAUGGAGGAACUUGGUGAAGCAGGUAGGCCAUUAUCUGGAAUUAAGUUGUUUGACAAGCUUUCAGACAUAACAUGUGAGUUUGGAAAGAAAACAAGUGUGACGGGGAAAAUAAGGAAAAAAGCAAAGGAGAAUAUUGUGGAAGACAUUGAAGAAGAAAAGUAUGUUGGAGUUACAAAUUUCAGUAAAUGUUGGAAGAAGAAGUCAAUUUUUUUCAAUCUUCCAUACUGGAAAUACCUACAUGUUAGGCAUUGUCUCGAUGUUAUGCACAUUGAGAAAAAUGUUUUCGAGUCUCUGAUUAAUACUUUGAUGAACAUCAAGGGAAAAACCAAGGACAAUGUGGCAGCUAGGUUGGACAUGGUUCAGAUGGGAAUUAGGCCUCAAUUGGCUCCUAAAAUUGGUGAGAAAAGAACAUAUUUUCCUCCUGCAGCAUGCUCAUUCACAAAAAAUGAGAGAUUACAAGUAUGUAGGUCAUUAAUGGAUAUAAAAGUUCCGGAAGGUUUCUCAUCAAACAUGAAGAAUCUUGUCUGCAUGGAUGAGAUGAAGCUGAGUAGCUUGAAAUCACAUGAUUCUCAUGUUAUAAUGCAGCACUUCCUGCCAAUAGUCAUACGUAAUUCUCUGCCAAAAUAUAUUAGAUAUGCUGUCAUAAGAUUAUGCUUCUUCUUCAAAUAUAUUUGUUGCAAGAUUAUCGAUGUAGCCAAGUUAGAUAAGCUGCAAUCUGACUUGAUUGUUACACUCUGCUUAUUGGAGCAGUAUUUCCCCCCUUCUUUCUUCGAUAUCAUGCUCCACUUAACAGUUCAUCUUGUUCGUGAAGUCCAAUUAUGUGGACCAGUCUACUUCAGAUGGAUGUACCCAUUUGAAAGAUGCAUGAAGUCCAUAUGUAUUCAUGAAAAUAAAACUUUAGAACUUUACUUCUUCGGUGAACACAAAUCCUUCUUGAAGACAAUGUUUCCCAAGAAACAGAAAGAUUCAAGGUGGAUACAAGAUGCUCAUAAUAAGAGGUUCAUUGACUGGUUUUGUGCAAAGGUGGCUGCUGAAAUCGAUAGUUGCAAUGGUGGAAUGACAUCGUCAUUGAGAUGGCUGGCCCAUGGACCACAGCGGGAUGAUGAGAAAGUUUGUCAAAACAGUGGUGUUUCUCUACUUGCCAACACGAUGCUUGUUUGUAGUGCCAAAGAUAAGAAUCCCGUGUUAGAGAAUGUGACUUUUUAUGGAGUUAUUGAAGAUAUAUGGGAACUAGACUAUCAUCAAUUUCAAGUUCCUCUUUUCAAGUGCGCAUGGGUAUCAAAUGACAAAGGAAUACAAUACAAUGAUGAAUGUGACUUCACCUUAGUUAAUCUGAACAAACGAGGCCACCAGAAGGAUGAAUUUGUGCUUGCAAGUCAAGUUAGACAAGUAUUUUAUGUUGCUGACCCACUGAACAAAGGGUGGUCAAUAGUGCUUCAAGUUCCAAAUAGAUGUUACGAGGGAGAAGAGGAUCUUUGGACCAUAAUUCCCGAAGCUCGACCAAUUGAUAAUGUUGAUAUUCAUUGGAAAAGAACAAUGCGUCCUAAAAAACAGCGAAAAAUAGCAAAAUAUGAUGAGCCACGUGUAGUUGAGGACACCGAACUACACCAAGAUGCUGAUGGCUUAGCAGCUGCAGAGCUAUGA